GGUGUUUGUUCAGUUACCCUUUGGGUCCGGAGUCAGUUUAGUAGUCUCCAAAUCUCCUUCUCUGCCUCUCAAAAUUUGAGUAUCAUAAAUUAUUUUUGUAAAUCUUGCGACAUGGAUGAUCCCCGCAAGACAAUGGAGAUGCUGUUGGCAGAGGAGGGACAGAGCCAGAGGGAGGUUGAAAUCAUAGUCGAGCGCUCGACCACGACCGUGGACCACAGUAUUUCGAUGUGGAGCGUAGACCGGACAGUGACCUCAGUGACCUCGACCGCAACCGUAGUAAUGGCCCCCUCGCGACAACCCGGCGGAGUCGGUGUCGCUCAACGACCGCUGCGGAACACACCCCCGGCCACUGUGCUAUGGCAGCACCCUGACAUGCAGGAUUUAAGUUCAACACUAUCAUUCCAUGCCGGCAGUGUCGCUACCGUUCAACGAUCGCGAUCGGCUACCCUGGUGGACCACAUGUCCCAGAUGAUGGAGCAUUUGCAGCCCAAGAUGGAGACGGUCCAGUCGAAGAAGAAGCGAUCCAUGUCCUGCUCUCCCAAGAACUGGAUGCGUGCCGUCAGACCCAGCCUUCAGGAGGGGCAACCACGACUGGAGCAGCCACGCCAGAUGUAUCCGAAUCUGGAGCAACCGCGACAGGAGCAUCUGAUUCAGGAGCCCCGACGCCAGGCCUAUCCUGGGCUGGAGCAACCACGACAGGAGCAGCCACGCCAGGUGUAUCCGAGUCUGGAGCAACCGCGCCAGGAGCAACCGCGCCAGGAGCAACCGCGCCAGGAGCAAUCACGUCAGGAGCAAUCACGACAGGAGCAUCUGGAUCGAGAAAUCGACCGCAUUAUCAGGAACACCCUGAAAGAGGGGACGGUGCCCGCCAUCCUUGUGGACGGACUGAGAAACUACCUUCGGAGCAACAGAGACCAGAGAUUCAAUCAGCUGAUGAAGCUGCAGCAUGACCAGCGCGUGCGGAUGCAGCGCGAGUUUGAUCGCCAGCAGCAGGUCCUCAUUGCCCAGAUUUGCACGGAAACCGACGUGACGGAAUAUCGCUACGCGAUCCCCCAAGAGCAGCCGGAGUGCACCAGAAACCGAUUUUAGGACGACAGAUUCCCCGACGAACUCGGUUCGUACUUCCCAAACUCCAGGCCCGGUUUCCACCCAGAGCUUCAGUCCAGCGGGAACAAGAAUUCGGAUCCAAAGUAACACAACAUUUGGUAGCACUCACUAGGAAAAUUACUAACCAAUAAAUGCCAUCAAUCUUUGGAUGGAUCAAUCAAUCAAAAAAA